AAGCCGGCGCCGUGCACUUCCGGGUCGGGGAGCGCGCGGCGGUGUCGGCGGCGGCGGCGGCCUAGUCGAGGGUGUCGCUCGGGCGGCGGCGGCGAGCGCCCGGGCGCAGCCGGAGGGGCACGAGGUUCUCGGCUCCCGGUCGUCACUGGUUUCGUCGGCAGCCCGAGUGGUUCGCGGGAUGAUUUCCUGUUAACUCACGUAGUCUUCACAACAAACCCCGGGCGUAGGGGUCGUCCUUCCUCUUCUACAAGUGAGCCGAGCCGAGCCCCGGAGAGAGCCAAACGCCAAUGUCUAGCGAUGGAUGACGACAGCCUGGAUGAGCUUGUGGACCGAAGCCCAGGGCCAGAUGGACGCUCGCGACUCAACCCUGCUGUCCUGGCCAGCAGCGCUGAAGACAGCGGUGACGGCAGCAGUGGCAGCUCUGAGGAUGACACGGGCAGCGAGCGCAGCUACAGCACGGACGGAGAGGACGACGGAGAGGACGAGGAGGGCGGUCUGGAGGACCAAUCCGGUUCUGAAGAUUCUGAAGAAGAAGGAAGAGAAGAAGGAGGCUUGGAAACGUUAGUGGCCGUGGCAGAUACUCAGGGGACGUUGGAAGCCAAUGGCGCAUUUAAUUCUGAUGACGAUUCCGAGAGCUGCCCGAUUUGUCUCAAUGCUUUCCGGGACCAGGCCCUGGGGACACCGGAGAACUGUGCCCAUUAUUUCUGCCUGGACUGUAUUGUGGAAUGGUCGAAGAAUGCCAAUUCCUGUCCAGUUGAUCGAACUAUAUUUAAAUGUAUCUGUAUUCGAGCUCGGUUUGGCGGUAAAAUCUUGAAGAAGAUUCCAGUGGAAAACGCCAGAGCCGGCCGGGAUGAGGAGGAAGACCCCACCUUUUGUGAAGUGUGUGGCAGGAGCGACCGGGAGGACCGGCUGCUUCUCUGCGACGGCUGUGACGCAGGGUACCACAUGGAAUGUUUGGACCCUCCUCUCCAGGAGGUACCAGUGGACGAGUGGUUCUGUCCCGAAUGUGCUGCCCCUGGAGCUGCUCCCACCGCUGAUGCAGGUCCCGUGAGUGAGGAGGAGGUCUCCCUGAUCUUGGCUGACGUGGUGCCCACCACCAGCCGGCUUCGGCCUCACGUGGGGAGGACCCGUGCCAUUGCCAGGACACGACAGAGCGAGAGAGUCCGAGCGACCGUGAACCGGAAUCGGAUCUCCACCGCCAGGAGAAUCCAGCAUGUCCCACGGUACCUCAUGUCUUCUCUGCUGGAUGAGACCAUUGAGGCUGUCGCUGCCGGUCUGAGCACUGCCGUGUACCAGCGCCCCGUGGCGCCCCGAGCCCCCGCAAAACGCAGGAGGAGAGCAGGAAGACGGAAGAAGGCGUCAGGAAGAAGGAAGACCCAGUCCAGGUCGUCUGUGAAGAGCAGGGGCUCCGGGACGAGGUCUAAGAAACGCCAGGGUCGUGCCAAGAAGAGAAAAGGGAAGAGGUCAAAGAAUGAAGCCACAGCUCGGUCCCGCAUUGCACGGACGCUGGGCCUCCGGGGUCCCGUCCGCGGGGCCUGCACGCCGUCCGUGCACAAGCCUGCGGACCCCUCUCUGGGGCUGAUGCGUGCAGACAUCGGGGUGGCCACUCUGUCGCUCUUCGGAGACCCCUAUGAGCUGGACCCCUUUGACAGCAGCGAGGAGCAGUCUGCGGACCCUGCUUCCCCUUUGAGCGCCAAGAGGAGGGUUCUGUCCCAGUCGGCACUGCGCUCUCACCGGCCCGUGGCCAGGCCCGUGUCCGUGGGGCUCUCCAGGAGGAGUGUUCCUGCUGCGGCGCCCGAGCCAGAGGUGGACGAGGCCCCCGUCCCAGACCUAGUGGGGAGCAUCCUGUCGGGCCAGAGCCUCCUGAUGAUGAACAGUGCAGACAUCACCAUCCACCGGGACGGCUCCCUCAGUGCCAAGAAGGCAGCACCCGUGUCCUUUCCGAGAAGCUCAGGCGCUCCACCCCGAGGGGGCAGAGGCCCCGGGGCCUGCCUGCUGCCCGGAGCGCCACGCUCAGGCAGCGGGCUCCAGAGUGCGGGGCUGCGCUGCCACGGCGGUCCCACCCCCUCCUGCGUCCCCGCUCUCACCCCAGCGGCAGCCGUGAGACUGGACUCCUCCGUGACCCCUCCGUCGGGUCAGGCUCAGAACCUGUCAAACGUAAGCAGGCCUGGCUUAAAGCACAGUGACGCCCCUGGAUGUGAUGGCGACAGCAGGCACACUCGGCCCCUUAGUUCUGUGUCCUCUAAGACCUCGGGCAGCUGCUCUCACUUGCCGCGUGCCAGUGCGCUGCAGGGACAGGCCGUGAAGCCAGCUCCCAGGAGGCCCAGCAUCUCAGAGCUACCCAGGAUACCGAAGGUCAGAAGGGAGGACGGUGGCGGCCGGCGGGCGGAUGCGGCCCCCGCCAGCGAGCAGCGUGUUGAGAUCCCCAGCUCCUGCAUCAGCCGGCUCACGGGCAGGGAGGGCCCCGGGCAGCCCAGCCACGGCGCCCGUGCAGAGGGCGAGCCCAGCAGCAGGGGCCCACAAGAGCCUGGCACACACUCAGGGGGUGGAUCCCAGUCCCCCGCCACGCUGGGACCCUCAAAGGGGAAGGGUGUCAGCUCGACCUUCGAGAGCUUCAGGAUCAAUAUUCCCGGGAACACGGCACAUUCCGGCAGACUCUCUAACCCCGGCUUUUGUAACACGUUCCGGCCUGUCGACAAUAAGGUGCAGAGGAAAGAGAACCCCGCUCCCCUCUUCUCCAUCAGGAAGGCCAAGCAGCUCAAGAGCGAGAUCUACGACCCCUUCGAGCCCACAGGCUCCGACUCUGGUUCCGCCGGCAGCAGCCCCGAGCGCCUGGGCUCUGGCCUCCUGCCCUCUGAGAUCACGCGCACCAUCUCCAUCAACAGCCCAAAGGCGCCGGCGUUGCAGACCGUGCGCUGUGUCACCUCCUACACGGUGGAAAAGGUCUUUGGGACGGAGCCUGAGUCCCCUCGCGGGUCCUCCGCCAGCACGCUCGAGCUCCGGGGCGAGGGGGCUGCCGAGGGUUCCUCCGACCUGGAGUGCGAGGGCCAGGGCGUGGCCUCCAGGGCGCAGAGGCCAUCCCCCCCAGAGCCGUGGGAGGACAGGGACCAGCUGCCCUGCAGUACCUUCUUUGGCUCCGAGGAGCGGACGGUGACCUGCGUGACCGAUGUAGAGCCGGGGGCGCCACCCAGCCCGGGCGCCCCGCAGACAACUACCCACAGGGUCGUGGAGCUGAGGCCCCCAUCCUGCUCCCGCUCCACAUCCAGCUCCCGUGGCAGGAAGAAGGCCAAGAGGAAGCGGGCUGAGGCCAGGGAGCACAGGAGGACCCGCUCCGGCUCCCGCUCAGGCUCCCGCUCUGGGGAGAGGAGCUCACGGUCGGUGUCCCCACCGGUUGGUGAAGGGCACCCCAAGAGGCAGCAGCCCAAGGCCCGGGGCCGCAGGUCCUCCAGUGACCACUCCAGCAGCCACGAGCGAGCCAAGCGGAAGAAGGUGAAGGAUGAGGGCAGGAGGAGGAGGAGGGACUCUUGGGGACGCGGCCGGCGGCGGUCGCGGUCCCGGUCCCGCUCCCGCUCAGGCAGCCCCGGCAGCUCCUCCCAUGAACGCAGAGAGAGCAGGAGGAGGAAGCGGAGGCGGUCGGGGUCCAGGUCUCGGGGGAGGGAGUGCUCCCCCCCCAGCAGCCUGGAGAGGGCCCGGAGGCACCGGCACACAAGGGAGCGGAGCCCCCGGGAGAGGAGCCCUCGGGAGCGCCCCCGCGUCAGGUGGAGCUCCCGGGAGCGGAGGAAGCGCAAGUCCGGGUCUCCACGGUCGCCGAGCACGGAGCACAGGUCCCGGGAGCAUCAACGGCCUCAUUCCCAUGAGAAGCGGCCGAGGCCUCGCUCUCCGGAGAGGAAGUUGGUGCCCCCUCCCCAGGAGGAGCAGAAGCCCGACAGGGAGCAGCCGGCCAAGCCACUGGUCUCCGUGGGAGCAGACGCCUCUCCAGCAGGGGCCGAGGCCCACAAGGAGGCCCCGGAUGUGCCCGCGGAGUGUCCACCCGAGGACCUUGAUUAUGGGGACUCUGUCGAGGCCGGGCACGUCUUUGAGGAGUUUUCAAGUGACGCUUUCUUCCUGCAGCUUGAUGACAUGAGCUCUCCGCCCUCCCCAGAGAGCACGGAUUCCUCCCCAGAGCGAGACUUCCCACCCAAUCCUGUGGUGCCCCCAGCCAGCCAGCAGCAGGACCCUGCCCUGGUGGCUGUCAUCAGACGCGAGGUGGCACUGAUCCAUGAUGAUGAGGCUGCGCAGCCCCUGCCCCAGGCACAGGGCCCCCAAGAGAAACCCUUGCUCCAGCAGGAUGCUGCUGGGGCUGCCACGGCGCCUGGCACCCUGGGAAGCCAGGCUGGGGUCGGGGUGCCUGUGGGGAAGGAGGAAGGCGCCUCUCAGACCCCCUUGCUGCGGGCGAAAGCCCUGGUGAAGAGAGUCACCUGGAACCUGCAGGAAGCGGAGAGUGGUGUCCCUGCCGAGGAGCGAGGCCUGCGAACGCCGCUCCACAGGCCUCAGAAGCCCCGGGAGGGGGCCUGGGAAACAGAAGACGUGGGGCCCUCGGUGGUGUUCCAGCAGGCAUCCUUCUCUGAGCCGCCUGCCCCUGGCUAUGCACAUGCAGAGUCUGGCUUCCCGGACGCCGAGCCCUCUCAGGUUUAUACCCCCAACCUGCCCACCGCCCCAGCUCUCCCUUUGAGUCUCCCGCCCUACGUGCCAGCCAGCCAGCCCACGGUCCAGUUCAUCCUGCAGGGGAGCCUCCCGCUGGCGAGCGGUGGGGUGGCACAGAGCCCAGCCCCGGCGCCCGCUGCCCCGACCACGGCUUCAGAGCCAGCCGGCCACGCCACCGUCGCUGGCAACUCUGAGGAGAGAGCAGCUGCUCCCAGGCCUGCCGCGGAGAAGGCCAAAACCGAGGAGUACAUGAAGAAGCUGCACACGCAGGAGCGGGCGGUGGAGGAGGUGAAGCUGGCCAUCAAGCCCUUCUAUCAGAAGAGGGAGGUGACAAAGGACGAGUAUAAGGACAUUCUCCGCAAGGCAGUGCAGAAGAUAUGCCACAGCAAGAGCGGGGAGAUCAACCCUGUGAAGGUGGCCAACCUGGUCAAGGCCUACGUGGACAAGUACAGGCACAUGCGCAGACACAGGAGGGCUGAGGCCGGCGAGGAGGCACCCCCCAGGGCACCGAGAGCUGAGCCGGGCACAGAGCAAGGGGGCACCGGUCCCCAUCCCCGAGCCACUCUGUUGGGAGAGGCAGGAGCAGACAACUCUGGAGACAGCCAUCACUCCUGUGUUCAGGGUUCCUGUGACCACACGUGGUCUGUGCCCCUGUCUUGCUCACGGUUCAAAACUGGACUUUUUUAUAUGUAUAUUAUAGAUACACACUGUUUCCAUGGUGUUCUAAUUUAUCAAAAAUGGAUUAUCUUUAGAAACUUCUUGAUUGACUCAGUAUUUGAAAGGUGAAGCCUUUGGGAUCAGGAGGGGCCAGGGGAAUGCAGGGGGGCUCCCCGACCCAGCUCACAGAUGGCCUCAUUUUAUUUUCUAUCCUAUUAAGGGAAGGCCCUUCCCACGUUUUCUGUUUGAUGUUCUGUAAAUGACGCGGUUUGCUCCCUCCCACGGGGCAGAGCAGUGUUGGUGGGUCUGGAAGGCAGGAGAGCCCUGCACACGGCACAGAGUCGGCCAUUCACGCGUCCCCCUCCCCAGCACACCUGGCAGGAGCAAACACCUGCUGUCCCCAGAGCAUUUUGUAUUCUGAGUAGAGUUUGUUGGCUCUGAA